CGAUUUUGAUUUUAACAACAAAGUUAUGCAUUAAUCAGUUGUUGAUGUUUAAUUAUUAAAAUAUCGUAUGUAUUAACUGUAAUGAUUAAUGUCGUAUGAAAUACUAGUACUAAAAUGCAUUUACAGUUGUUAGAAAAUCUACAUUUGGAUUUUCAAGUUGCAAUUCAAAAUAAAGAAAGCUGGAAACUCUAAUAUUUUCUUUUAUUGUUUCAUACUAUAUAAGUGCCUUAAAUCUCAUGUUAUUUUCUUUGUUAAAAUAAUUUAAAAUGUUUUGCUGGCCAUAUUUGAAAAGAAAUUUAAUUUUUCGUGUCAUAUUUUUACUACUUAUAUCAUUGGUAAUUGUGUACAAUUUGAAUUUUCUCUGUAAUAUUGAUCAAUUCUUAAAUUCAUCACAAAAACAUUUAAUUUCUUGUUAUUUUGAAGAAAAACAAGAUAAUUCUUUACUUGAAUUAAAUCCUGAAGAAGUAACAAAGAAUAGUAUUUUCUUUGUUGAAACAUCAUGCAACCAUAAAAACGGAAUUAAUUUAAGUCUGAGACAAGGCUGUGCUAUAGAAUCUGCAGCAAAACUAAAUCCUAAUUUAAAUAUAUUUGUAUUAUUUGUCGCUCCUAGUUAUAUAAACAAUGAUUCUGAUAUUAUUAAUAGAUUUAAAAUGUAUAAAAAUGUUAAUUUAAGGCAUAUAAAUUUUGUAAAAUAUUCUUAUAAUACUCCAUUGCAAGACUUUGUGACCUCAAACACUAUAUCCACUAGUCAAUGGCCAGUUUCUCAUGCAAGUGACUUACUAAGAUUCUUAACAUUGUGGAAAUUCGGAGGGACUUAUUUGGACUUAGAUGUAGUACUUAUGAAAUCUUUGGACGGCCUAUCAAAUUUUGCAAGUAUUGAAUCAAAUACAUCAGUUGCCUCACUUGUAUUGAAUUUUGAUGUUGAUAAAAUAGGAAGAGCCGUUGCAAAUACUUCAAUCAAUGAUUUUGCUUCUAAUUAUUGUAGUAAUAAUUGGGGAUAUAAUGGUCCUGGUGUUAUUACUAGAACACUUGAAAAAAUCUGUAAUACAAAUUUGGUAACUGAUAUGAAUAAACAAAAAUGCAAAGGAUUUACGGUGUUAGGGACAGAAGCAUUUUGUCCAAUAAGUUGGACUGAUUGGCAGCUUUAUUUUAAUACAAACACUAGUGAUGAAGUAAUGGAUAAGCUUAAAGAAAGCAUUGGCAUUCAUGUAUGGAACAAACAUAGUAAACAUGCUGUUAUUAAUAUAGGUUCAAAACAACCUUAUGGCUUAGUUGCACAAAAAUAUUGCCCAAUUAAUUUUUCUUUGGCAAAGUAUGUAUUUUAACAAAUUUGUAACAGUAACUGAAAAAAAAGAACAGAGAAUCUCUAAAUUUUAUUUUUUGAUACUAAGUCAUUAAGACUAAAAGAAUGCAGGCUCAUGCCAACAAUAUAAUAACUUUGUUAAACACUGUAAUUCUGUAAUACCUAUACAAAUUUAAUGUAAUAUCUUGAUUUGGUAAAUAAAAAUAUACAUUUUAUGUUCUA